AUGGGCGGAUUGAUUGUCGUCCAGAAGCUUGGUAUUGGUUAUGUGGGAAUAUUGACCACCCUUUCCCAGAGCAAUGGCAAAUACAAGUAUGAUUAUGCCACUAUUCCUUUUUUAGCAGAGCUCUUCAAGGUGAAAGGAUGUGGAGAUGCACCAUGUGAUUCUCUUUUCGCAGCACCAUUGCAGGGUUACAUGCUUGGAAUACUUUCUGCUUGUCUUUCAGCUCUAGCUGGUGUGUACAGAGAGUACUUGAUGAAGAAGAAUAAUGAUAGUUUGUACUGGCAAAAUGUACAAUUAUAUACGUUUGGAGUUAUGUUCAACAUGGGCUGGCUAAUUUAUGGUGAUUUUAAAGCUGGAUUUGAGCUGGGUCCAUGGUGGCAGCGCCUUUUUAAUGGUUAUUCGAUCACAACAUGGAUGGUAGUGUUCAAUUUAGGAUCUACUGGUCUGCUAGUAUCAUGGUUGAUGAAGUAUUCUGACAAUAUAGUCAAGGUGUACUCAACUUCAAUGGCAAUGCUUUUGACGAUGGUUUUAUCUAUAUAUCUUUUCAGUGUGAAAGCUACAAUUCAGCUCUUCUUGGGCAUUAUCAUUUGUAUAAUUUCCCUGCAGAUGUAUUUUAUGCCUGUGCACAUGCUUGUUGAAUUGCCACAAACUUUGCCAGUAACAUCAAACCCAGCUCUAUUUGAGUCAUCUGUUCAGAAAUUUAUGGUUGUAAUCUCAACAACUAUGGAGCUAUGGAAAGAUUCAAACUGGACUAAGUGCUCAUUGGCCAAAUCCUCAGUCAUUCAUGUCUUCCAAGAUCUAUUUGUUGAGCCCCAAUGUUGCAAAGAAGUGAUUGGCAUGGCACCUGUUGCAGUAUCUCAGUACUCUGCCACUCUCCGCCUUUGGAAACAUACACUUUAUGCUGUAUCUUUUAUCUGCAGUAUUGAAUUGGAUUCUUCCCUCUUCCUCAAGACAAAUUUUGGCUUCAAUGUGGCCCAAGACACUCUGGGCUAUAAAGGCGCAUGCGCGCAGCCAUCUGACCUUCGCACAGCAAAAGCUCAUGCUGGAAUCAAGCUUGAAACGCCAUCCGGCCGUUUGAUGCCAAAUAUCCGGAGAAGGCCAUUCGAGCAGCAUCACUCGAAGCCACCAAGCAGCGGCAGCCUCGCGCAGAGUGCUCAGAGCAGCAGCUUCCAGCCAUCCACCCCUUCGCGCAUGGGAUCCUUGGGCCCCACCGUGAGCUUGAGCAUCGUCAUGACCAAGCCCAGCGGUGGGCAGCAGCCGGAGAUGGAGAGGAAGGAGGGCGGCAGGUGCGGCGGCGGCUGCGGCUUCCGGAUGCCGCUGCACUACCCGCGCUACAAGAAGGCGGACUACGAGGCGAUGCCGGAGUGGCACGUCGACUGCCUGCUCCGCGAGUACGGCCUCCCCGCCGACGGCGACCUCGACAGCAAGCGCCGCUUCGCCAUGGGCGCCUUCCUCUGGCCCGACCAGUACUGA